AUGGCUGAGGUGGACGUUGCGCCGACUUUCGGUGCCGAGCUAAAGGAUGGCUUCAGGCCCGCGAAUGCCUGGGUCGCCAAUGGCAUCGCAUGGCUCGACGACAUCCAGAACUUCUACCGUGAACGAAGCGCCAUCGAGAAGGAACACAGCGCAAAACUGAAUGCCCUCGCCAAGAAGUAUUUUGAGAAGAAGACAAAGAAAUCUACGAGUUUGAGUGUUGGCGACACGCCUUCCAUGACGCCAGGAUCCCUCGAGAACGCCUCUCUGACCAUAUGGACCACCCAACUUACCACCCUCGAGUCGCGAGCCGACGAACACGAAAAGUACGCGAACGAGUUAAUACAUCAGGUCGCCGACCCCCUCAAGUUCUAUGCGGGCAAGUUUGAAGAGCUGCGCAAGCGUCAUGUCGACUAUGCCACGAAGCUCGAGGCCGAGAGGGACUCGUCUUACGCCGACCUGCGCAAGACCAAGACAAAAUACGAUGCUGUAUGCCAGGAGGUGGAGAGCAAGCGGAAAAAGUCCGAGUCGUCCUUCGACAAGGCGAAGGCGCAGAGCAACUACCAGCAGCAACUGCACGAGAUGAACAACUCCAAGAACACAUAUCUGAUAGCCAUCAACGUCACGAACAAGCAGAAGGAAAAAUACUACCAUGAAUACGUGCCAGAGUUACUAGACAGUUUGCAGGACCUGUCGCAAUUCCGAACCAUGAAGUUGAACACCCUAUGGUCUACGGCAGCCAGCCUGGAAAUAACAAUGCUUCAGCAAAGCAACAGCCUCGUUGACCACUUGGCCCAGGAGAUUACCCGGAAUCAACCGCACCUAGACUCUAUGAUGUAUAUUCGGCACAACAUAGGAUCUUGGCAGGAACCAUCCGACAAGAUGUUCGAACCGAGCCCUGUCUGGCACGAUGACGAUGCCAUGAUUAGCGACGAACCAGCCAAAGUCUUUUUGCGCAAUGUAUUAAACAAGUCGAAGGCUCAAUUAGGGGACCUUCGACGAGAGGUGGACAAGAAGAGGAGGGAGGUCGAGGGUACCAAGCGUAUAAAACAACGAAUCCGCGAGGGGACUGAUAAGCAGGAUGAAGUACAAGUCGUCACGCAGAUCUUCUCCAUGCAGGAAGACUUACACCAAGUCGAUCGCAAGCGCCUGACGGCUGAGGUUGAGACAUCAACCAUCACAUCAGUGGUUGGAGAUGUCACGUUAGGAGCCAAGAACCAUAACUUCAAGUCGCAAACCUUCAAGAUCCCGACAAACUGCGACCUCUGCGGCGAACGGAUAUGGGGUCUAUCUGCCAAGGGCUUUGACUGCAGAGAUUGCGGCUACACGUGUCACAGCAAGUGCGAGAUGAAGGUGCCAGCCGAGUGUCCUGGUGAAUUAUCCAAAGAGGAGCGCAAGAAGUUCAAGGCAGAUAGCCAGGCAGCGGCUGGAGCGCUGCUAAAACCUUCGUCUGGGCCGCCUCCACAUGUUGCCGAGUUGCCAGAUCUGAGUCGGACUAACACCAUGAACUCCUUGAGCUCGGGGUAUGCCGCGAGCGCCCAUCGCUCAGUCGGUGGUGCAACACCAGGUCCCCAGGCGCCUGCCGAAGAGGCACCACCCGAACCUUUGGGACCGCGGCCUGCCGCUAAAAAGAGCCGAAUGGUUGCUCCACCGCCAUCAGCUUAUAUCAGCGAGUUGCCUGACAAUUCGGUCAACGGUUCGGGAACAACAAUGAUCUCGGAACAAAAGGGCAAGAUGGUAUACACAUUUGAAGCGAGUGGCGACGGUGAAGUAUCUGUCCCUGAAGGACGGGAUGUUGUCAUAGUCGAACCGGAUGAUGGUUCAGGCUGGAUCAAGAUCCGAGCCGGCUACAAGGAGGGGAUAGUGCCCGCCAGUUAUGUCGAGGUUUCCGCUGCGCCCAUUAUGCCCCAAAGCACUGGGUCGACACUGAACACCAGGCCAGCAUCGACGUACUCCAACUCUGGAUCAUCCAUGGGCGCGCCAGGCCCGCACGUCAAAAAGAAAGGACCGGCAGUCGCUCCCCGUCGCGGAGCUAAGAAACUGAAAUACGUGGUCGCUAUGUACGACUACACGGCGCAGAGUGACACAGAGCACAACAUGACGGAAGGCGAACGAUUCGUACUGAUCAAGGAAGACCCUGGGGAUGGCUGGGCAGAGGUAGAAAAGGGCGGUGCAAUAAAGAGCGUGCCGGCCAGUUACGUACAGGUAGCAACGGACUAG